GCCCCCGCCGCCACCUCCGCUGCAGCAGCAGCAGCAGCAGCGACAACACCAGCAGCAGCCGCAACAGUAUCGACAGCCGCAGCAACAGUUACAACAGCACUUUUGCCAACCGAGCCGGAACAUUCUGUACCCAUGCUAUCGGUACAGACGGCCGGCUGCGCGGGAAUGGAGCGGCUCGGCGUUCCGACCCGCACAUCUUUGAGCACACCACCCGAUGAUAGGGAUCAAUUUAGAUGUAGAAUGCGCGUGGAUGCGCUCCAGGCACGUGAGCUUCUGGCUGUACGUGGCGACACUGUGAUUCGUGGCGCCGGCAACAAUCAGAACCAGCAGCAACACCAUCUCCAUCACAGCAGCAGUAGCAGCAGUAGCAGCAACAAGCAACAACAUUCCCACCACCAGCAACAACGCAUGACAACUCCAAGCACGCACAACUCCAGCGGCGGCGGCGGAGGAGGAGGAGCAGGCGGUGACCACCAACACCACCACCAUCACCAGCUGGGCAACAGCAGCAGCAACAACAACAAUAGUAUUAGCAGUAAUGUGGCUCGGGGCGGCAUAGAAGCCACCACGCUCAAGUACGGAAACACGGGCAGCGGGAGCGGUAGUGGUUGCUACAAGGGCGACUGCGGCAACUCCUCAUCCGGAUCCUCGUGCAGUUCGCUGCAGAGCCACAGCAACGACCACCACCAACAUUACCAGUACCAGCUGCAGCAGCAGCAAACUCCCCGCUGUCCCCAUCACGUACCACUGCCGGACAGCGAGUACGGACAGGAUCGACACCUGCAGAUCAGGAGCAGCUAUCAGCAAUCCGAGAUCACCAGAUCGUACACGAAACCGCCGCCCAACAAGACGGUGCGGGAUGUUCCAGAGCAGAUCUCGGCGGGCGGCUGUGGCGUCUCCAGCUCCAGCUACCGUCUCACCACGCUCCAGGCCGCCUCCUCCACAUACACGCCUGCGGGCGUGUCAGUGUCCGCCUCCUCAUCGUCCAGCAAGUCGAAGCCGAAUGCCAUAACCAAGUUCUUCUCACGGAUCAGUUCGCCCAAGUCGCCGCCGAGCUGUACAAUGACCUCAGUCGCCACAGCCUCGCCUGCAUCCUCGGUCUCCAUGUCGUCGUCCGCCUCCUCGCUAGCCUCCUCCGCCUGUGUGUCCACCUCGUCGUCGGCCUCCUCACUGGCUGCCGCGCCCCUGCCCACGCUGCCGGUGUCCAAUGCAUCCCUGCUGAAGAGCACGGCCUGUGGCUAUGGCACACAUCCCAGUGGGAUCUACUCAGGACUGGGACCGAGCACGCAACUGCUGACCAGCCUGGGAACCGGAACAAGCGGCAACUGCAGUCCCGAAAGAAUACCUACACCACCUCUGUCUGUCUCCGUGCCAAUCGGAGCUGGACUGCAGCCGCAGAGGAGCAGCAGCAGCGGGAGUAGCAGCAGUACAGUCAGCCUACCCGCCGUUGAGACAACCACAACUACAGCCACCACUCAGUCUUCCUUUGCCGCCGGAGCGACGGGGGAUCUCCCGCUGACCACGAUGAGCCGCAAUAAUUCCAACUCUAGCAUGAUGAGCUACCACUGCAGCUGCAAUAGCCGGAAUUGCAGCCACUGUGCGGCCAACUCAUAACUGAGCUCGUGUUAAGUUUAACUACAUUAAACAAAUCUGGUGGAGCGGAAACCACUGGAGAUUUUAGAACAUUAGUUAAGUUUCAAGUGCUCACUAGCUGAUUUGAACUUCACAAACUAUAAGACUUUGCAUGGUAUUUGAUCAUGAUUUGUAAACUUACCACAGGUCUUGUAUUUUUAAAAGCUUUACUUGAGGUAAAACAUUGCCAAAUUUAGUGAAAUACUUAUCUUUUGUUGUCGAAUCUCCAGAGAUUUGUGCGGUACCUCCAAAAUAUAUAUACAUUUAUAUAUAUAUACAUAUAUUUUUUUUAUGUUAGCCUAUGUUUAUCUAUUAUGUUAAAGUUUAACAGAUUUAUUUUAUGUAGGUCUGUCGCCAACUUUUGCGCUGGUACGAAAAGACUGUUUAUUAGUCAGAAUUUAAUUUGUAAAUUUGAGUAACAAGAGGGAAGAAAAGUUAGAGAAUGAUACGGAGAAGACAUAUGUAUAGCUGCGCUGCCGCCUUUUAAGCACUCACCACAGACCGUAGAAGGUUCAUUUUUAAGUUAUGUAACAUUAUUUCCAUUUGUCACUUGAUAAAAGUAAUAAAUUUGUUUAGUAAAAAACAAGAAACAACAAACUUGAAAGAGACAGACACAAUACCACAAAACUUGAAGAAGGGAAUGAGGAAAGUAAAAAACAAAACAUAAGUGAAUAUGUAACUGUACUUUUAUGAAUGAAUAUUGUAUACACUUUAGUUUCAAUAACUCUAGUUUUAAAUCGAAGCCAACCAACUCUUAACUAUACUCUACCCCCUACCCCUAUCCAAAUACCCUAUUAUUAUUGUACGCAAGGCCCAUGUGCUGGAACACACGAAAACACACAAACAGUUUUUAGUUCAAUUGAAAUUUGUAUUGGUAUAUUUGCUAACGGAAUUACGAUGUAAAGAAAAAAAACAAAAAAUGAAAUGAAAUCUAUGUAAACCAAAUUGUAGAGAAAUUAUUGUUUUAAUUUUUUAUUGGCUGAAGCUAAUUGAUUUCGGUUUCUAGCGGGAUUUAUUUUUAAUUGAAAUUUAAUUUAUUUUAAUUGAAACUUAACGAUCGAUGAACCUGAAGUUAUCGAUAACCUGCCAGAAAUCUGGCAGCAACGGACGAUCGUGUAGAUUAAAGUGCAACUCUGGUCGAGUGCGGCAACCUCGAAAUAUUUUACGGUUUAUUUUAAAUGAGAUUGGCAUUAUAUUUUGUAUGUUCUGAGUUUAGGAAAAUCAAAGAGUUAAGAAAAAUCCCAUAGCAAUGUAUAUUAUAAGCACAAUGAAGCAACUCAGAGCUUUUCUUGUUUAGAUACCCAGCCUUAUUUUGUAGUCUUUAUUUUCACGAAUUUCUGAAAUUCUAAAAAUGUGUAAGUUUAUCUAUAUUUAAAUUAUCAAAGAAAAGGAAAACAAAAAAUGGUUUCAAGAACUUACGAUCCAUUAAAUCAAAUUUAAACCACAUUUAACCAACAUUUUAGAUGAGAAAUGGAAUGCGAGAAACUAGGAAAAUAUGAUAACAAAUGCAAAAUAAUGGAAACACUUUACUACGCCAACAAGUCCUACAAGCCUACAAUUUAAAUACAUAACGAUAACGAUAUAGUUCGAUGUCUAUGGAUCAAAGAAUACUUAAAGUAAUGCAACCGGAAAUAGCCCGAAAUAUCACAGAACGAAGCGAAAACCGGAGACAAUGAAUAACUAAAUUAAACGCGUAGAAUUUAAUUACUUAAUUAGUUCUAAACAAAUUAAGUCCAGCUAAAUAUCGAAGCGAUUGAAUUCGUUUGAUCGGAGAAUCAUAUACACAUUUAUACAAACAGGCCUAAUUUCAACUACCUCCAAAACUGUUUUUUAAAUUAAAAAAUUAAAUUAUAAACGAAGUUCAAGUCUACGAAUUAUGUUUAGCAAAACUAAACGGAAACUAAGUAAAUCAAAUAAAAGAAAUCGAUUAAAUUAUAGUAAAUCAAUUGAUUGAAUUACAAUUUUUUUAGAUUCAAGCAGAUCGAUUAAUUCAAUAAAUCAACAAUCAUUGACAAGUAAUUAAUUUUACACUUUAUAUAUACGAUAUUUAUUACUAUAUGGUAUCUAUACAUUUAGAUCGAGAAUACAAAGAAAAGCGCACACGAGCUGCGUUUCGAAAAUGCAAAACCGUCGACUGAUAUAUAUAACAAAGGAUAAAUAAAUAACGUAAAUUACAAGAAACGUAUAGAGAUUCAUUUGUACAUACACCGAAUGCAGGACAAUGCGCUGAGGAGCAUUAUGUUAAUGUAACCACACCCUUUCCCAAGCAGUUCCCCAAGUUUUCGAAACCAUCCGAGACCAUCUCCCACUUCCCAGUGAAUCGAAUUUGAUUUUUGAUCCCUGCAGGCAAAGUGCACCCAAUACUAGCGAAAUUUUUUAAAGCGCAUUAAGCAAAACGUCUAAUAUGCAAAAAUCUGAAUAAAAAUCGAUAUACAUAUAUCUAAAUACAUAUAUAUUAA